AUGUAUCGGAAGUUGUCUAAGUUAGAACACUCGGAAAUAAAACAACUUCUUACAGAAGCUAACAUAGAUGUUGCAAAACAUUACGCGACAAACAAAAAAGCACUCGCCGACUUCAUUAAAGACUACAAUGGUGAAAUAACUUAUGAUAGAAUUCAUGAGUUCAUAAAGCCGCAACGCGGUGAGGACGAAGUCCAUGCAAGAACUUUUCCUUUAAAUGACGUUGCUAUUGACUUAUAUCAUAGACGUUCAGUACCACAUGAAGUAAGAAGAGAAAUGUUUGACAUAACAAAUGCGAACGUUGGUCAUACUCGUAAAGCUCUUUCGCAUGAUGUUCGUCAAGAGAUGUUUGACAUAACAAAUGCAAACGUUGGUGAAACACGAAAGAGAGACGACACACUGAAACAACAGAGAAGAGAGAUGUUUAAAAGUGCUAUAGAACAAGUUCGCAAAGCUAAUAAUGUCAUUCGUUCCAUUGACGACAAACCAAAAGAAGGUGAGAGAUGGUUAAAGAAAGAUGAAGAGAAUAGGAAGAGAAAUGUGAAGUCAGGCAAUAGACUCAUUGACUUUAACAUCGAAGCUUUAGAUGAACCAAACAGAGACUACUUACACAAACAUUUCGGUAAGGUUUUCAUGAGACUCUUAGAGAAGAUUAAAAUAAACUCACAACAGAGAUGGAUGGUAUGUUAUAAACUUGGUGGAAAGUAUGAAUGUUCUACGUUAAACCUCAAUAAUAUUGGAACAUUACUACAUCAGCUCUUGAAGGAGAACUUUAUAUCAGAGAUAGAAGCAAAUGCUGCAGGUAUUGUUGAAAUGCACUAUGACUUCUUCUUGACAAACAUAA